GAAAAGUUGGAAAGAAGAUUCUUGAAAAAAUUAUUUCUGGAGAUUCAAGAUUGGCUUAUACAAUAAUCCAAGAAGAGGGCUUGAGGCAAUUAAAUGAUAUUAAUGAAAUUGAAAAAAUCUGUCAAGAAGUUAUUUUACAAAAUCCUAAACAGUUAAAAUCCCUCAGAGAAGGAAAGCAAACUGUUUUUGCUUGGUUCGUAGGACAAGUAAUGAACAAAACGAAAGGACAAGCAAAUCCUAAAUUAAGGAAACAUAAGGAAGAUCCGGGGUUAAAAACAAUGGUGAAAGAUUUCGUUAGAAAAUGGUG